CUUUUUGUUAUCAGAACUUUUGUAAAGACGCCAUUAGAUACCAUCUUGAAGCUCUGAGCUUAUUCCCAGCUCACGAAGAGGGAAAAAAAACACCAAGAUUCUCAGGCUUUCGUCUUCCUCAUUAAUUCCUAGAGGUUUUGAUUAGGCUUUUUUCCGUUCAUCCAACCGGGUCUCAAUUCCAUUUAAUCGGCCAUUCGAAACUGCUAAUCGUCGCAGUGCUGCUGCUCUGCACAUCAAUCUUAUUGCAUAGUGUUUUUAUUCUUCGAGAAAAACGAAGAAAUGGGUGCUCAGAGAAAGGGGGCAUCGCGGGUUUCCGAGGACUCCGAGGAGUUGGCACGAGUUUCGUUGCAGGCAGUUCUUCUUGCCGAUAGCUUUACCACUAAGUUUCGUCCCAUAACGCUUGAACGACCCAAGGUAUUACUGCCGCUGGUAAAUGUCCCUAUGAUUAAUUAUGCCUUAUCCUGGCUCGAAUCGGCUGGUGUUGAAGAGGUGUUUGUAUUUUGCUGUGCUAACUCGAAGCAAGUAAUUGAUUACUUGGAGAACUCUGAGUGGGUAUCCCUACCAGACUUUGCAGUCACAACUAUAGAGUCGCACAACUCCAUUAGUGCUGGAGACGCCCUGCGUUUGAUCUAUGAAAGAAAUGUGAUACAUGGUGAUUUUGUACUUAUCACUGGAGACACCAUAAGCAACAUGCCACUUACGCAAGCUCUUCAAGAACACAAAGAUAGAAAGAAGAAAGAUAGUAAUGCCGUGAUGACUAUGGUUGUCAAACGGUCAAAGCCUUCUCCAAUCACACACCAAUCUCGGCUUGGCACUGAUGAACUGUUUAUGGCAAUUGAUCAUAAUUCUAAGCAGCUCUUAUACUAUGAGGAUAGGGCUGACGAUUCAAAAGGAAUUAUACAUCUGGACAAGUCAUUGCUAAUGGAUAAUCCUUCCAUAUCACUUCAUAACGACUUGCAGGAUUGUUAUAUAGACAUAUGCUCCCCAGAAGUACUCAGCCUGUUUACUGACAAUUUUGACUACCAACAUCUACGUCGCCAUUUUGUCAAGGGUUUGCUCUUAGAUGAUAUCAUGGGUUACAAGAUUUACACACACGAAAUUUGCUCAAGCUAUGCAGCCAGAAUCGAUAAUUAUCGAAGCUAUGACACCGUUAGUAAGGACAUAAUACAAAGGUGGACAUAUCCACUGGUACCGGAUGUUAAAUUCUUUGGGAACUCUGCUUAUAAACUUGAAAGGCAGGGAAUGUAUCGAGCAUCAGAAAUACUGCAGGCACGUUCUGCACAGGUUGGUCCGUUUACUGUUAUUGGAGAUAACAGCAAAAUUGGUGAUAACACCAAAAUUACGAAUUCAAUUAUUGGGCAAGGUUGUAGCAUUGGAUCAAAUGUUACAAUUGAAGGCUCUUAUAUAUGGGACAACGUCACCAUUGAAGAUGGCUGUAAACUUAGUCAUGCUAUCGUCUGUGAUGGAGUUAUUAUAAAGUCAGGGGCAGAACUGGAAGCUGGUGUAAUUUUGUCUUUCAAGGUUGUUGUAGGGGAUCAGUUUAUUGUUCCAUCAUAUUCAAAGGUAUCUUUGUUUCAGCAGCCAAUCAAUCAAGACAGCGACGAUGAGCUGGAAUAUGCAGAUAAUAGCAGUGGUAUUGUAGAAUUUGCAGAUACAACGGACAAGUCAAAUAAUGAACUGAUGUCCAAAUCGCUGGAAAUGCAAGGCUGGCCUGCAUCUGAGCUAGGCAAUGGAGGUAUAGGGCAUGUUUGGUCAAUUUGUGAAGGAAGUGUUGAAGAAGAAUGGAGGCACUCAGUUGCACCCAUUCCUGCCGAUAAACUUGAGAAGACUCUGCAAAAAGCGACAGAUGAUGAGCUGGAGUUAACUCGCGAUGCUAAUGUUCUUCCAACUUCAGGAGAGUUGAAGUCUGACUCAAAUGUCUCAGAUGGUGAUGAUAAUGAAGACUCUAGAGAUGACUCCAUCCACUUUGAGAAAGAGGUUGAAGCAACGUUUCUGAGGGGUGUGCAUGAAAAUAUUAAAGUAGACAAUGUAAUUUUGGAAGUGAACUCAUUGCGGUUGUCAUAUAAUAAGGUGGCUGCAGAUUGUGCAGGAGCAUUGUUUUAUUCUCUGAUGAAAUUUGCCUUAGACUCUCCACAUGGUUCAUCUAGUGAGCUACUGCAAAACACUACGAAUAUAAUUACGAAAUGGAAAAAACUUUUGAAGUACUACUUAACUGACAUGGAUGAAGAGAUUGAAGUGAUAUUAAAAUUUGAAGAGAUGUGCCUGGAAUCGGCCAAGGAAUUCACUCCACAUUUUACUAAGAUUUUGUGUCAUCUAUAUGACCAAGAAAUCAUUCAAGAAGAUGCUAUUCUAAGGUGGGAUGAUGAGAAAAAGGAAGCGGAUGAUUCAGAUAAACUUUUCGUUAAGCAGGCUGAGAAAUUCAUCGAAUGGUUAAGAGUUGCAUCAGAAGAGGAAGAUGAUGAAGAGGAGGAAUAGAAAUGGUGGAAUAACAUCUGUAGAUUAGCGAAGAUCACAGGGCAGAGUGAGGAAGUCCAUUGUUGCUGAGUCUUUCAUUUUUAAACGUCAAAUCUUCACAGUAGCUACCUGGUUUCCCUAAUGUGAAAGGAAACUUGUUUUUUAUUUCCAUUUUUUUUCAACUUCUAUGAUUGUCGAUUGUCCAUGUCCUAUCAUAGAAAGAAAAUUUUGGGUAAAUGUUUAAAUCUUACUUUGUGGUUUUUUUCCGUUUAUUUAUUUGAGUUAGUGUAUCACCGAUCUUCCACAAAAAAAAGUUUAUUUUUGUCUCCGAGGAAGUACACAGUAACAACUGAGUUAAGUUCGUUUACAAUUAGUGAAAUAUGAAAAUUCAAACCUCUAACU